AUGACAUUCAAUGUCAGAGGGUGUGGGAAUUCAAUCAAGAAGGGGAGAAUUUGCCAAUUGCUGAACAAAGGGAAGGCUGUUAUGUGUUUUUUACAAGAAACAAAAGUGGAAGUGAUGACAGAUGACAUUGUUAAAUCUUUAUGGGGAUCUAUGGCAGAGGUUGAGUGGUCAGCUAAGGGUUCAGAUGGAAGAUCUGGGGGUAUUCUUAUUAUGUGGAGGAAGAACGUCAUAACACCGGUGUGCUCUUUCAUGGGUAAUGGUUACCUUGGAAUCAAUGCCAGCUACAGAGGUAAGAACUGCUAUUUCAUCAAUGUAUACUCACCUUGUUUUUGUGCUGAUAAAAGAAAGCUCUGGUAUGAUCUCUUGUUGUUGAAAAGUAGAUGGAUUAAGGGUGAGUGGAUUGUGAGGGGGGAUUUCAAUGCUGUAAAAUUUGUGGUGGAGAGGAGAGGUAGGAUUGAUGGGGGUAGGCGGGGGGUGAUGGAAGAUUUCAAUUCUUUCAUUAAUCUAAUAGAGCUUGUUGAUGUGCUGGUGCUGGGGUGUAUUCAUACUUGGAUAAAUUCAAGUGGUUCUGCUAGUAGUCGGUUAGAUAGAUUCUUGAUAUCAGAUGGAAUUAUUCAAUGGUGGAAGAUUGUUGCUCAAUGUUCUGGGAGUAGAGAUAUCUCUGACCAUAGGCCUGUUUUGAUCAAGACAAGUAAUUUGGACUGGGGGCCUAAACCGUUCAAAGUUUUUAACACUUGGUUUCAACAUAAAGAUUUUAUAUGUUUUGUGAAAUCUGCCUGGGAUUCGUUUCAUGUUCGAGGAAAGAAAUUUUUUGUGAUUAGAGAGAAAUUCCGGUUGCUGAAGGAAAAACUCUUUUGGUGGAACAAAAACGUAUUUGGGUGGGUGGACUUACAAAUUGAGGAAUGA